AUGCAGAAAGUCAGCAGAAACGACGACAAGGUGAAAACGAUGAGCAGCGCUCCGCAAGACUAUUGGGAAAAUUGGAUCGUCUGCGGAGACUACGCGAGGGUGAAAACGAUGAGCAACGCUCUGCUAAGCUGUUGGCUAACACAACGCUCCGCAGGACGCCCUGCGAACACUGAACGCCAGGGGAACGGUGAAGAGGAGCUAUGGGAUGAGUUUUCGGCAUCGAUGGCCGACGAUUACAUCAACAGAGGGCUAGGAGUAGAAGAGGCAAUUGUUGUUGCUAAUUUCGACGUUGCCGAUCGGAUGCUACUUCUUGGGAAAGAUUUUGCCCAAAUAGUUGUGCCACCUGUGGAUCGUAGACCUUCACUUCCCGAAGUACCAGUUGACUAUCGCCACCAUGAAAGUGAAGGAUCACGACUAUAUGGGUCAUUGAAUACGCAUCAAAAUAGCUGUUGA